AUGAGACAAAACGACACGAAAGUGUCAUUUUCUGCCAGCGGGUCUGGAAGAAAAGUAAUCGCCACUUCUAAAGAAUGGCCGCCUGUCCCGGAAAUGAAUGACAUCAGAUAUCAUGGGCGCAAAGCAUUUGCAGUAUUUUAUGUUCUUGUCUUCGCGUUAGCUAAAGGACUCGUCAAUCUAAGCACAGACGAUCAGGCGACGGAGGACCUACUGAACCCGAUAAAGGUAUCAGGCCGAUGCGAAACUUGGCCUUGGUCAAACUUAGCCGGCAAAUCAAAAGCAUUAAGUCGAAAGCAGGAUGUAUCUACCGGCGAACAUCUUGUGCUUGGUAUCCUCGAAUCGAAAACCUACUCUCUACUCAAAUGGGAGGGCGAUGUUCUUGGCAUCAGGAGAGGGGACAUACACGCUGGUGAUAACAUGGUUCACACGUUUAACAUUGUGUGGUGCUCAGACUUCCUUCUCACAUUCUGUACACGGCCUGUUGUAGCUCAAUCGUCGCCAUUAUCUCAUCAUACGUCUGGCCGUGGCGCACAACAACAGCGUCCGAAAGAUCAAGAAUGGAGAAUGGCAGGCCCUGCUUUUGUCCUACUUAAGCAGCGGGAACUGAAGUCUGUGAAUAGAUUGAAGGAGUGCUGGUUUGAAGAACAGUAUUUCUCAUGA